AUGUUUUCAAGCCUUGGUGACGAGCCGUGCGCGGCUUUGCAAGAUGCAGCAGACGAACAGCGCCGGGAUGAGGAUCCCGACCAGGUGGCAGAUUCAGCUCAGGGGGAAUCGCCGCACCAUGAAUUCACUCCACAACAUGAUUCUACACUUGCAUCGAGCACGGCCACAGCUUUGCUUCAUGCAGCGUCCUCGCUGUAUGUUGCGCUUCCACCCCACGGAUCGCACGGAGCGGCGCCUUCGCCGGGCCCCGGCGCCUCACCAGCAGCAUCACCCGGAGCAUUCGCCGCGGCUCGCGACGCCUUUUCGAGCGACAGCUCCGAGGACAGUGAGGACUUCGGAGGUUUGCCGAUGUUCGGUGAGCCUUCUCCUUCCAGCACCGCCCGUAGGCGCAGCUCGGGUCACCUCAACUUCGUGGACAACGUCUCCGCGGGCAUCGGCUCGUACCUGGCGCGCUUGGAGGCAAAGCAGCGGGACGGCAGCACCGUGUACAACCGGUCCGGCGGCAAAGAACACGCCAGGUGGCAGGAGUAUUUGCAGAAGCUCUCUGAGAAGUUUGGAAAGAAGCAGUCGAGAACUGAGGACAUCGAGGACGCUGAGGCUGAGGCUCCGGCCAAGCCGCAGAUCUUCCUCAAGAGGCCCUGCCACGGACGGUUUCCCGCCACCGAGUUCGGAGCCUGCGUGCCGCCGGAGCCAGCAUCCUUGGAAUUCGAGCAAUUCCCAGGGAUUGAUGGCAAGCCCAGGCUUGCAUUCUCCGCGGCGUUUGAAAGUGGAAAUCUGGCCUUGGCGCAGUGUGAAAGCCCGUCUGUCUAUACCCUCAUGGUGGAUGUGGACGUGAACACGGACGGGUACACGCAGUGGUUUUAUUUUGCGGUACGGGGAGGGGCUUUGGGUGCCAAAGUGACUUUCCGUCUGGCGAACAUGGCAAAAUCCAGCUCGCUCUUUGGUGAUAAGGGUAUGCGCCCAGUCGUCUGGAGUGAGAAAGGCCAAAGAGGCUGGGAGCGUGGAUGUUCUGAGGUCAAUUACAAGGCCAACGAUCCGUAUGGCAAGGGUAUUUUCUCAUCGAAUGGGCAGAAGCAGUGGUUUACUCUAUCCUUUGCGUACACCUGGGAAUAUGAUGAUGACACCGUUUUCUUCGCGUACCACUACCCCUACACAUACAGCUACCUCUGCAGCUAUCUGGAUUCCUUGGCGGCUCAUCCCUAUGCGGGAAGCUUGUUCACCAGAAGGGUGUUGUGCUAUACAAUAGGAGGUUUGCCAUGCGAAGCGCUGGACGUGAACGUGGACACUGACGACGUCCCCGCGGGCUUUCAACGAGGUCUAGCCGUGAUUACUGCUAGGGUGCAUCCUGGCGAAUCCAACGCCUCCUGGAUGAUGCAUGGCUUUAUCUCCUUCUUGCUGUCGCCCGCUGCAGAAGCCAAAGCUUUGCGGCAGGCCUUCAAGUGGCUCAUUGUACCCAUGCUGAAUCCUGACGGCGUGGUCCGUGGCUGCUACCGCUGCAGCCUUGCUGGCACAGACCUGAACCGCGUGUACUUGAAGCCCAACAAGAUGUUACAUGCUGAAAUCUACCACUUGAAGGAAGCCAUGAAGAGUGCAGGGACCGUGGACCUAUUCAUCGACUUCCAUGGGCAUUCGAAGAAAGAAGGCAUCUUCUUCUACGGGGGGAAAGCCGAAGAUCGGGAUAGGAACGGAGAGAUUCAGCUGCUUCCAAGGCUUUGUUGCUUGGGAUCUUCAGACUUCAAGUGGAACAAGUGUGCGUUUAACGUCUUCGAGUCCAAGAUCUCCACAGCGCGCCUGGUGGGGUUUCUGCAACUCAGAAUUCAGCGCGCUUACACAGUGGAAGCAUCUUUCGCCAGCAAUGGCAAGGCACAAGCAAAAGAUCUCUUCGAUCAAAACGAUCCAGACGAGCAGCACGAACACGAGGAUCAAGAGUAUAUGGAGCAUGAGGACGUCCAGCCAGAAGCGCGGGCGCGGUCAAUGGUGGCCGAAGAAGCAGCGACGGCUUUGUUGCAAUUAGCAGCGCCACAAGCGGAAGGUGGCCAAGGUCGCGACGCCCUCAGAGCUCGAAAAGGAUCCAGAACAGACGUGUCGCUGUCAUUCAUUGCAAGGAAGCCGCACCAUUCUCACAACUCCAGCGGAAGUGAGUCCGAGAAAAGUGCUGAGAAGGCGGACGAGAACUCCAACCAGAGGACCUCGAAGACCGAGCCAGAGGCGGAAGGACCUGGAACUGGCAAAGGGGCCGUCAGCCCGGGCCGGCACAAGGCAAAGCAAGAGAGGGAAGCAGAAGCAGAUCGCGCGGAGUUCAACGCCUCCCGACUGGAACUCGCCGGGCCGGUCAUUGGACGGGCAAUCUGCGCGGUGUGGCAGCUGGAGCUGCCGAUUGCGGACGGGGACGCCGGGGACCUUCUCAACGGACCGGAAGCCAAGCAGUGGCCCCACCUCCACUACCACCGCCUCACUGCGGAGAUGGCACAGUGGGAGCUCGCGAAGCUCAUCAGCGGCAAGUGCGGCCGCGGGAAGGACGACGACGAGAGCGGCUCCGACUCGAACCCCUCCGCGGACGAGAAGCCCGCCGCGGAGCUUCGUAAGCUUCAGAAGCGCCUGGCGCGGAAGUUCAGGAAGCAAAAGACGUUCAAGCUAGAGCAGAACGAAGAGCCCGAAGAGGAGAUCAAGUACAAGGUGGUGGUAGCGUUUGGGAAGUCGAUGAAGAUCCCCCUCAAGCCAGGUGAAAAGGCCCCGGGAGCGGCGUCCCGAAGGGCGAGCCGCACCGCGGAAGCGGCCGAGAAGUUCAUGAGGAGACGCCACAGCGACAUCUCAGGCAUGACUGGAGCAGACAGGGCGAUCUUAUCAAACAAGGACUCCAGGCAAGAUGCCGAGAAGCCCAAGACCUUGGCCCCCCCAGACUCAGAGAGCAGGGAAAACACCAAGGACGGGGCCAGAACCGGCCGGAGCUUGUCGAACAAAAGCGGGGCCACCGUGACCACGGACGAGCGCGAGCGCUCGCCCUCGCCCAGUCCCACGCCGGCCCCGGCCAGCCCCAGCCCCAGCCCGGCCAGCCCCAGCCCGGCCAGCCCCAGCCCGGCCAGCCCAAGCCCGGCCAGCCCCACUGCCCGGGUGCGCCCAAGCAGAUCGAAGGAGAGUACGCCCCGCAGGCAGUCCGUGCCUGCCAACCUCAGACAAUUCCAGAUGCUGCCCUCCUUUCACAUGGACGAGCCGGAUGAAAGAAGUGCAGCCGCGUCGCCAAAGGCCAAAGGCCAAGAGGUGGACGCCCUGCAAUCGGAAGAUCCCGAGAUUAGUAGGAUUCCCACGCACCGCCGCAUGUCCAGAAGGGAAAGCAACCAAGAUGCGGAGGCGACCAACAUCGUGUACAGUCCUGGGGUGCCCUUGGUGACGGGCUCCGGGCCCGAGGUGUCCACCAUACAGAUUGAGUUGCCCGCUUCCAUGGUCGAGGUGCCAGAGAGGAGGCAGAGUGUGCAUCUGAAAGCGAAUCCGGUGCGGGCUUCCAGGGUGCCGUCCAUCGUCUGUUUCUCGCCGCCAGCGGAGCAUGCAGAAACGCCCGGCUGCCAGAGUCCCGUCAGCCCACCCCCAGAGGUCCAUGAGGUGAAGACGACCCAUGUGACGCUGCCAGAUAUUGCUGGGCCACCAGCCAUCCUGCAGGAUCAUAGGAGGACAAGUCUGCCAACAGCAGAGGCAACUGUGACCAGAGUUUGGUCUCCGCCUGCGAGCUCAGGGUUCAAGGAGUGGAUGGAGAGCCAGACUGAAAACGGAGAUGCUCCAGAGGGCGACGUGCUCUGGCGAAGCCCGGCGCAGGGCCCGGCGCAGGGCCACACCCGGCGAUCGACUCCGCAGGCCAAGGCGUGCGGAGGGCCGCCACCCGGAUGGAGGGAAGCACCCAGAGUGGUGUCAAAGGAAGCCGCACCGCACCUGCCUGUGGCUGAAGGGGAAGAUGUUGCCAAGUUCAAGGUGAGCAAGGUAUCGGUCCACUUCAGGUCUGCACCGCCCGUGCCUACAAUCACACAUGCAACCCCUGCAAAAGUUACGCCGCACAGCCAGCACCGUGCCAGACCUGCGCACAAGGCAAGUUUGGCCAGCCCCGCAAUGCGCUUGAAGCCAGAGGAGGCAAGUUCGCCGGCCUCGCCGGCAUCGCCGGCCUCGCCGAGGAUGGCCUCCGGUGGCUCUCCACGCCCCUUCUCGGCUGCUCAGCGACAGGCUCGUCCGAGCCCAGCCGAAGAGAGGAGAGAAGCCAAAGCAGCCCUGCUUCAGCUCCUGCAUGCAUCACAAUCUUCUCCGAAAGCCGAAGAUGGGACCUCAGAUGAGCUCACAUCCACGGCCUGGGAAUUCAACGACCCGCACGUCACACCUCAGACAGCGCGGGAAAGGCGCUCUCCAAGCCGGGGAGUCUCAGAAAAGGUAAGUCAGGCGGCCUCGUCGACAACAAGUUGCACCGAGAGGCUCCGCCGAGGAGGCUGGGCCCGUGUCAUAACGGACUGA